AUGCAUAACUCAAGUCAUCCUCCACAGAAUCCACAUUGGGGGCGAGAAUUUACUCCUUCGCCCCUAUCUACCAGCUCUACUAGUAUUCCUGAUGGGGAUCUCUUUACAGAUAGUUCCAGGAUCCUGCAGCCUCAAUUUCAGCCUGGCGCAUACAUGCAUGAAAACCAACAGUUUCAGAUGCUGUGCGAACAAUAUAGGGCACUGGAGAUGCAAAUUGUGAAGGUCACAGCCGAACACGAUUCUGUCAUUGCUGCAUAUCAAUAUCUUGCAAGUGCGGUUCGCUUCCCAAUUAAUGACCCAUUCCAAUUCAAUCCUUCGUCGAUCCCAACACCAACAAGUACAAGUAAUGCUGAACACCCAAAUCCAGAGACACAUCCAAAUGUUCGGUUUUGGGACAAGGCUGAGUACCUCGAGUGGUUGGAUUCUGCCAAUGCUGAACGCGCUGCACUGCGUGGCAAGCUCGCAUUCCUGGAGGACAGUAAUGGAAAUCCAAUUUUGGAAACCACAAUCGAUGCUAUCCAUAAAGCUCUGCGUGCAGCAUGGUCGGAGCUUCUCAUUCGCAAACUCGCACCUUUGACUUGGGGGAAGCUGACUACAUCAGGCGCCCAGCUGAUGAAUAGCUUGAUGGAAAAUGCCUACCCACUAUUUAAGCUCGCCAACAACGGCUGGAAGCUUGACUACCUCGCUACGAUGUCUUACUUGUCUUGGCGAAAUCACAUGGACGAAUGCGGUAAUCCGCUAGUGGGUGGCGAUGAGGAGGGUGAUACCACUUCAAAGGGCAAGAAAAGAAAGCAGUGUAUUAAAUCUGAAGCACCUGAAGUCCCUGAAAAGAAGAUCAAAGUUGAUUGUGGUGCACUAGAGAUUACCAUCCUGCCACCGACUCCUCCGCCAUCAUCUAUUUCAUCUCUACCAGAAUGCCCAACGCCAUCCUUGACACCAUCAUAUCCUCCCCAAGUGGAAGAAGAUGCAACAACAACAUCAACAAUUCCACAAGAGUCCACUCCACAAGUCUACAAAGCAGUCGCUGUACCUGUUCUUGAAGAUAUUCAGCCUAAGAGCAUCCUUCCCAAGCCUAUCUGCGCUCCAAAACCUGUCAAAAUCACAAUCGUUAAUCCGCUCUCUACACUGGCAUUUGUUGCGUCCAGUGUCACUUCCAUCGACCCAUCACUUGAGCUACAAUCUACCAGUGAGCCUGCACCCAAGGACGUUGUAGAGACUUGCGUUUCUGCAGGCACAUAUGGGCACAUUUCGCACCUUUUCACAACUCAUGACAAUUGUUGUUUUACACAUAACGCGCAGCUUUCCCGCGAAACGCGCCAUAGGCGCGCUACUUUCCCACACAACGCGCAGCAUUCCCGCGCGCGCUUAGCGCGUUUCUCUCGCACUUGUCGCCCUACUCCCUCUCCUGCAAAGCGCACCAUAGGCGCAACACUUUCUCAUGCUUUCGCGUUUCGCGUUCCCGCGCGCGCGCUUAGCGCGUUUCUCGCGCUUAAGUGCACUCCAUCGCGCAUCAUCCAGGAGCAUCCAUCCAUCAUCCAACCAGUUCCUAGAAAUUUGUGUGCGUUGCAUUGGCUUAAGCAGAUCAAGCGAGGUGGGAAGACGGACGAGUUCAAUAAUUACUAUGGGUCACUAACACCAGAUCAGCGUGGGAAAUACGAUGAGGAGGCUAAGAUUCUGGUUGCCGAGGAUACGUGGAACAAAAACAUCAAUGAGGGCCAUGUCUACUAG